AUGAUGGCCAGCACCUCGUCAGACGCCCCAUUGACUAUUGACAAAUUUGAGCAGUUUCUCAACGAACGAUUGCGACCGGAUUAUGCCAAGGCGAUAGAACAACGUGAAAAGAUUGUCGCCGAAAUACGUGACUAUGAGACCUUGCUGGUGACGAUCGCAACGAUGCAACGACUGAAGAAGGAAACGCCGGAAGCUCGGCUAAAAACCCUGGUCAACAUUGGGAAGCACGUCUUCGCAAAGGCCGUCGCUGAUUCCAACGAUAAGAUUGUCGUCCGGUUGAUCGACAACCUUUUUGCCGAGCUGCCGCUGGAGCGUGCGACAGCGUUUGUGGAAAAACGAGUCGUUGUUUUGCAGGAGAGGGCUGAGCAGGCCGACAAGUUGUCGUGUCAAGUGCGUGCCCACAUUGACCUGGUGCUGGCAUCGUUGGACGAAUAUGCGGCGCUCGGGAGUAAGCUGCUUAUAGAAAUGGCUCCUCAGAAAGGCACAAACCGCGUGAAGGAAUCCGCAGUCAGCGCGAUGCUCUCAAUCUCUGUCGCAAGAACGAAGCGGAAGCCGAAAACAGUCAGCAAGCCCGCGCUCACCAUGCUGACGGCAAUGACGAAUACCAUGCUUCAGGAAAUGCUGCGACGCGCUGCUGCAAUCGCUACGCAAGCCGGCCGCGAAGACGUCACAAUUGUCGACUUGCAGCGUGUCCUCCCACAAAUUCUCCUCGAUUUUUGCGCC